AUAUAAUUAACUCACUCACCCAUUCAUCUUAACCACAACACUUCUUCUUCCUCACUUCAAUUUUCAGAUCAAGUGUUUUUCUUUUUCCCUAUGGCUGGAACAAUCCUCUCCGCCAAAUGCAAAUCCACCGUUCAAUUUUCAUGCGCAUUGAAUCAGCACCGUUCCCAAUUGCCCCUGAAGCCCACAGAGAUCAAAAUUGGUCCCACACAGCAUCCCCAUUGGGCUUCAUUGCAUGCUGACGUGGAAGCCCACCUCAAGCUCGCCAUCCCCAUGAAAGAGCCCCUCGUGGUUUUCGAGCCCAUGCACCACCUUGUCUCCUCCGCCCCCAAGACCACCGUGCCGGCCCUCUGCCUCGCCGCGUGCGAGCUCGUCGGCGGCCAGCGCCACCAAGCCAUGGCCGCGGCGUCCGCCUUGUUACUCAUGCACGCAACUGGCCAUGCCCACAAGCAUCUUGUGCCCGGGCCCAAACCCAAGCCCGGCCCAUAUGCGUACAGUGAUAACAUUAAGCUUCUCACGGGUGAUGGGCUUGUGCCAUUUGGGUUUGAGUUGUUAGCAGACUCCGAUGACCCGAAUGAUGAGAAUUCGGGUCGGAUCCUGCGCGUGAUGGUUGAGAUCUCACGCGCGGUGGGUUCAGAAGGGCUGAUGGAUGCGCUGUACAGGGAAACAACGUUGGGUACCAGAUUUGACGGUGAGGAGCUGAGCCACGUGGACGGCGUGAGGCGCGUGGUGGAGAAAAAGGAAGGUGGGUUGCACGCGUGCGGGGCUGCGUGUGGAGCUGUGUUGGGAGGGGGAAGUGAGGAGGAAAUUGAGAGGCUGAGAAGAUUUGGGUUUUAUGUGGGGAUGAUGCAUGGAAUGCUGCAGAUGGGAAUGAAGAAGGGAGAAAAAGAAGUGGAGGAGGCAAGGGAUAUGGCACUCAAGGAAUUGCAGUUUUUCAAUGGUAGAGGGGUUGGUGUCAUUUCUAGUUUCAUUGAUAUAUAAAUAUUGUUAUUACUAAGAUCAAGAUUAAGGUUAUGUUAGUUUUUUAAAAAAGUUGAAAGAUUGGUGGAAUGAAUAAAAGAUGGAAUAGUACAUUGAAAGGAAUUGAAUUGAAUAAAAGUAGUCAGUUCCUUACA